CAAGCAUUCUGUUCCUCCUAUGAUCCCCCCUCAAGCAGGCCAAGCGAAGUGAAUUCGCUUGUCUCCCGAGCACAAUAAUUUACCUAAGGCUUUGGGUUGGCUUUGGCCUUGCUUUCGUCUGUGCUCAAUCAAACAUUGUACCUUCGGGAGACCUCGGCCACUCACCCAAGGCGAAAACUCAGAGGGGAAAAAUAAAUUCAGAAUCACAAUGGCAGCAAUCAAUAGAAGUUUCGUCUUCUUCCUAUCCUUCUCCGUUAUCAUCCCAACCCUUCUAGCCAACAUCGGUGAUUUCGAUGAUUACUGGAAGCAGCGCGAGGCUGAGGCCAAAAAAUAUGCCGACCUGGCUUUUAACCCUCGUCCUGAAGAGGUCACUCAACACUUCAACGCACAUGUUGCAAGGACUUUGGCCGAGCUUAACCUUAAUAGUUCGAGGAGAGAGUUGAGGAUGAAGCGUUCACAUAAAGGGCAAUGCAUGGCAUACAACCCCAUUGAUAAGUGCUGGCGCUGUGACCCUAACUGGGCCAACAACAGGAAGAGGCUGGCGGACUGCUCUCUAGGCUUUGCUAGAGGUACCAUUGGUGGCAAAAUGGGAGAGUUCUACGUGGUCACUGAUGGUUCCGAUGACAAUGUUGCUGACCCAAAACCCGGAACCCUACGCCAUGCAGUAAUCCAAAAAGGUCCACUCUGGAUCAUAUUUGCACGCAGCAUGAUUAUCAGGCUUAGCCAGGAGCUAAUAGUCUCCAGCGAUAAGACCAUUGAUGCUAGAGGCGCCAAUGUGCACAUUGCUUACGGUGCAGGCAUCACCCUUCAGUUUGUCAGGAACGUCAUCAUACAUGGACUGCACAUUCACGAUAUUGUUCCAUGUGACGGCGGUAUGAUCAGGGAUUCGGUGGACCACGUUGGGUUUAGGACAAAGAGCGAUGGUGAUGGUAUCUCCAUCUUCGGAUCUUCAAACAUUUGGAUAGAUCACGUAUCGGCGUCCAACUGCUAUGAUGGUCUGAUCGACGCCAUCCAGGGCUCUACCGCUAUUACCAUCUCAAACUGCCAUUUCACCCACCACAAUGAGGUGAUGUUGUUUGGGGCAAGUGACACCUACAGUGAUGAUACAAAGAUGCAAAUCACAGUGGCUUUCACCCACUUCGGUAAGGGAUUGGUUCAAAGAAUGCCUAGGUGUCGUUGGGGCUUCAUCCAUGUUGUCAACAACGACUACUCUCACUGGCUCAUGUAUGCCAUCGGAGGCAGCUCUAAACCCACCAUUAUCAGCCAGGGCAACCGAUUUGUUGCUCCUCCAAAUGCUGCCGCUAAGGAGGUGACAAAGCGAGAUUACGCAUCACAGCAAGAAUGGGCGAACUGGCCAUGGAGAUCAGAGGGAGACAUGAUGGUUAAUGGGGCAUUCUUCGUCCAAUCUGGGAAUCCGGAUGCUAGCAAGAAAUUCUCGAGCGAGUUCAUGAUAAAGGCAUAUCCCGCAACCAUGGUACCUCUCCUCACAAAAUACUCUGGGUCACUUACCUGCUUCCCUGGCAAGCCUUGUUAGACAAAAAUUUUCCCAUUUUGUUCUCAUAGAUAACAAAGGUCAAAGCUCGACGUUGUGACAACAGCGGAGAUAAUAGAGGAAAAAGAAAGAAUAGCCGAUGACAUUGUUAAACUAUGGUUGUUGUUGUUGUUGUUGUGGUUUUUUUUAAUUUUCUCUCUUGGCUCCUUGUAAACUGUUGGGGCAUAUAGGAAAGCCAGAAUAUUUGGAAAUGGGUAGAAGCAAGGAGAAAGGAAGAUAUUUUCGGGGGAAAAAUUAGUCUUCUAUGUUUAAUCAUUUCUACAAAUGCAAAGUAGAGAGAUAUCUACCAAGAAUUUUCAGGAAUUUUGUUUUUCCCUUGACUUUAUCUGGUUUUACAACCAAUUAGUUAAGUUUAUAACAAAUCUCAUCAAGUCUA